AUUACCCACUUGGCCUCCACUACUUGGGCGGUCUUGUGUCUCCUCCAAGCUUGGUUCCUGCCUGAGGGUUCUGCUCAGUAUCUCAGCUGUUCAUGUUGUUCGUGGAAUCUGUUGGAGUCAUUCUCCCAGUUAACGAGUGACAGCAACAAGUGCUUCCACCACGGUGACGGAAGCAGCCUUUAUAUUUCUAUUUUUUUUAUAUGUGGCCCGCAGCUUUAAUUUUUGAGCAAGAAAAGUUGAGAGGGCCAAGUAAACAUGCACCAGUGCCACUGUAACCUUAUUUUUUCUGUAUGAAACCCAGUGAGGGCACAGAAGCAGUCAACUGGAUUGAUCUCAAUUAAUUGGAGGCUGAGGGAAGUGAAGUCAAUGGACCAUACAACAUAAACUUCUUCGAAAGUAAGAAAGGAGAGUAUUUCAGGAGAGAGCGAUCAGAGACAGGGUCCACUCCAAACCUUGCCUGCUUGACUGAUCGUAGAAAAAGAAGCACUGUCCUAUCAGGAAUAUGCCAUCACAUAAGUUCGUUCGUGGGAUGCUCUAUCUGUCCCUCACUGUGGUCGGAGUCCCAGGUAACACUGCUGUCAUCCUGGCAUUCCUCCUGAUGCUGUACCAGGAGAAACGGCUCCUCCCAGCCGAUGCCAUUGUCCUGCAUCUGGCCUGUUCAAACCUGCUGGUGGUGGCUAUUCGCUGUCUGCUGGAAACCCUUGCCUCCUUCCAUGUGGCCGAUAUCUUUGAUGACAUCAGCUGCAAAUCAGUGAUUUUUGUCUACAGAACCUCCCGCUCCCUCUCUAUCUGGCUCACCUUCGUCCUGAGUGCCUACCAGUGUCUGAGCAUUGCCCCUCCAGGAUCACGCUGGGCCUCCAUGCGUCACUUGAUGGGCAAGUAUUUGGGGGUUGUGUUCUUCCUCCUCUGGCUCAUCAACACCUGCAUGAGCUCAGCACCUGUACUCCUCUCUGGCAGACUGAAUAACUCCACCACAUUAAACUUUGGCAUUAAUGUGCAAUUCUGCUAUGUGAACUUCCCCUCAAAGCUGGCCAAAGAGGCCAAUGGGGCGGCUCAGGUGGGCAGAGACGUGGUGCCCAUGGCUCUUAUGGCCCUAGCCAGUCUGAUCAUCCUGGUCUUUCUCUACAAGCACAGCCGGCAGGUGAAAGGCCUCCGCAGCAGCAGUGGUGGAGGUGGUGGAGGUGGAGGGGCAGAACAACGAGCUGCUAAAGCUGUGGUAGCACUUGUGACCUUGUACGUGGUCCUCUAUGGGGUAGACAAUGGGCUAUGGGUGUACACUCUCACUGUGAGAAAAACCAUGACCACCUCACUGAUCUCUGACCUGCGUAUAUUCUUCUCCUCACUCUAUGCAGCACUAAGCCCUGUGGUGAUCAUUGCAUCGAACAGAAAGGUGAACAGCAGACUGAGGUGUUCAAUGCAGGAGAAACACGUUCAAGAGAAAGCCACAUCUGUGAUGUGAAGCCUAUUGAUCACUUAAAGGGGAAGCAAAGAUGAUGUGGGCUAAGGUUUACUUGAGUCUGGGUCAUGUGACGGUCAUUCUGUUUUUGUUAUAUACUGCACCAAUUAUGUUUUGUGAUCACAGUUGCAGGAGAGACUCUUCUUUCAUCUGUAAUGUGGCUCAAAACAAUUACGCUUUUUUAAAUUAUGUUUAUUUAAACAUUUUAUUCACAAGACUUUGUGACCUGGAGGCAAACAUGUUGCCUCAUUAAGGAGAAAGCCUUGUCCGUAUGAAUCUAUGCUUAUCUGGCACCAUCUUGCUUUGUUUUGUUCAUAUGUUGUGUUACCUCCAUAUUAAGUCGGUGGCAGAAGUGGGUGACUCAGGACUCAACGCAGCUGUCAAAUGAUUUCCAGCUGCCUAUUCAGCUAUAAUUAAGGCUUUGAAAGAAUUGUAGCAAUGUCCCCUCACUGAUGUCGAAGCCUAAUGUGGAAACUAAAUUCUUCAAGGAAAACAUUGUUGUUUCUUAAUUACUGAUGCAGAAAAGUAUGUUCAAGGACAAAUCUUUUGUCACAGAGCAACAUAUCACAUUUUAUUUAAAAGUAUGGUCAAGGCAAAGCGAUAACAUUGUUACAGAAGCCCCCUCCUUACAGAUGAGACAUUGUGUGCAUGUCCAAAUUCAACUGAUGCUGGACUGGAAAUAAGUCUUUACACCAGGGGUUGCUCCCACAAUAAAUGUUUAACUACUA